AUGAGAUUGAAAUUGUAUAACGAGUUGACGGAUGUCUUGCCAUACAAUCACUUGCAGGAGAUGUUAGCACAAGAACCCAAUCCUCAGCUCCGGCAAGACAUCGCCCAACUGUUGGCCACAAUCUCGUGUUUCAAUGCUCGUGUCUCAACUCGCAAAUACUUCAGCGAUGAGUCCAAGUCUUAUAUAGCGGCCAGUUAUGUGAAGUACUUGGAGAGUGCCGGCGCCCGAGUGAUCCCUGUUAUGAUUGACCAAAACGACGAUUAUUACCGCAAAAUCAUUAAUAUAACGAACGGACUGUUGAUUCCGGGCGGCGGACAGGAUCUGCAGACGUCGGGCUACGCAAAGGCGGGGCGACUGUUGUGGCGGUUGACUAAAGAGGAAUUCAAAGACAAACAUUACCCCAUUUGGGGCACAUGUCUGGGCUUUGAACUGAUCGCACAGUUUUACGCCAACGACACUCUCACUGAUUGCGAUGCUAUGGAUAGGGCCGACAAAAUUGACUUUUUUCCCACCGAUUUGUCUAAGACUAGACUCGUUGGAUCAGCUCCUAAAGAAAUCAUUAAUUCCAUGAAAGACGAGGCAAUCGCUUACAACUAUCACAAAAAGUGUGUCACUUUAGACACAUUCAACAGCAAACCCGAUCUGAAGAGCAAUUUCACAAUAUUGUCGACAAACACCGACAGGAAUGGUGUGGUGUAUGUGUCGAUGAUUGAGUCGGUGGACCCGAACCGUCCCAUAUAUGGCUGUGUCACUUUAGACACAUUCAACAGCAAACCCGAUCUGAAGAGCAAUUUCACAAUAUUGUCGACAAACACCGACAGGAAUGGUGUGGUGUAUGUGUCGAUGAUUGAGUCGGUGGACCCGAACCGUCCCAUAUAUCGCGUCCAAUGGCAUCCCGAGAAGAACCAGUUUGAGUUCGCCUACAAUCCGAUGCACCAGAAUAUUCCUCACGAGCCCAACGCCAUUAAAGUGAGCCAAUAUAUGGCCAACUUCUUUGUGAAUGAGUGCCGCAAAUCUAUAAGACCUGUGAUUAACGCCAAAGAGGAGUCAGAGCUACUCAUCUAUAACUACCAGCCCUUAUAUACCGGCGCUAAGACUAACUACUCGUACGAACAGAUAUAUCUGUUUAAUUCAAUGCCCGCUAAACACAAACCCAAUCACUGGUCGGUAUUAAUUGCGAUUACGCUUAUCAUUGCUAUUGUUGUAUUCAAUUAA